UCCACCUGUUUCGUACCUCCCUCAUUCUAACAAUGGCCACUGUGUGCACUCCCCACACAAUCUCACCCGCCGCCAUUGUUUCUUCUUCUCCAGUCCGAUGCUCUCACUCCCAAUCGCAGCUCCUAUUCGGUUCAAAUUUCCCGAACCGCCGCCACCACAACCCGAGCCUCCCGAUUUCGGCUCCCAAUCUCCGCGCCGCUACCAAAGGACGAGUUCUUUGCUCGCAAAACCCUAACCCUACCCCCACGCGCCGCCCCGACUACGUCCCCAACCGCAUCUCCGACCCGAACUAUGUCCGCAUCUUCGACACCACGCUCCGCGACGGCGAGCAGUCCCCCGGCGCCUCGCUCACCUCCAAGGAGAAGCUCGACAUUGCGCGCCAGCUGGCCAAGCUCGGCGUCGACAUAAUCGAGGCCGGGUUCCCGGCGGCGUCGAAGGACGACUUUGAAGCCGUGAAGAUGAUCGCGAAAGAGGUCGGGAAUUUUGUGGAUAAAGACGGUUAUGUCCCUGUGAUCUGUGGGCUGUCCAGGUGCAAUGAGAAGGAUAUUAAGACGGCGUGGGAGGCGGUGAAGUACGCAAAGAGACCGAGGAUUCAUACUUUCAUUGCUACCAGUCCGAUUCAUAUGGAGCAUAAGCUGAGGAAGACGAAGGAGCAGGUGAUUGAAAUUGCGAGGAGUAUGGUGAGCUAUGCUAGGAGCUUGGGUUGCCAAGAUGUCGAGUUUAGCCCUGAAGAUGCUGGCAGAUCUGAGAAGGAAUUUCUAUAUCAGAUUUUAGGUGAAGUUAUAAAGGCCGGGGCAACAACUCUGAACAUUCCUGACACUGUGGGUUAUACCGUGCCAACUGAAUUUGGUCAGUUGAUUGCUGACAUUAAAUCUAAUACCCCUGGAAUUGAUAACGUUAUCAUCUCGACUCACUGCCAAAAUGAUCUUGGACUUUCUACUGCCAACACUUUAGCGGGGGCAAGUAGAGGUGCUAGGCAAUUGGAAGUAACAAUCAAUGGAAUCGGUGAAAGGGCUGGUAAUGCUUCAUUAGAGGAGGUUGUCAUGACCUUAAACUGCCGUGGGGAGCAUGUACUUGGGGGGCUUUAUACCGGAAUCAAUCCUCGGCAUAUUUAUAUGACAAGCAAGAUGGUUUCAGAGUACACUGGAAUGCAUGUGCAGCCACACAAGGCUAUUGUUGGAGCUAAUGCUUUUGCACAUGAAAGUGGUAUCCAUCAGGAUGGAAUGCUCAAGGACAAACGUACAUAUGAAAUUAUAUCUCCUGAAGAUAUUGGGUAUGACCGGUCCAAUGAAGCUGGCAUUGUUCUAGGGAAACUUAGUGGACGCCAUGCUGUGAAAAAGCAACUUGAACAGCUUGGUUAUGAGCUUGAUGAUGUUCAACUUGAGACCGUAUUCUGGCGUUUCAAAGGAGUAGCUGAACAGAAAAAGAGAGUCACUGAUGCAGACCUCAGAGCAUUGGUGUCAGAUGAAGUUUUUCAGCCAGAAGUUGUCUGGAAGCUUCAUGAUCUACAGGUUACCUGUGGAACUCUUGGUCUUUCUACAGCAACUGUUAAACUAAUUGAUGCUGAUGGGAGAGAGCAUAUUGCAUGUUCAGUUGGAACGGGUCCAGUGGAUUCAGCUUACAAGGCUGUUGAUCUCAUUGUGAAGGAACCAGUAACACUUGUUGAGUACUCUAUGAAUGCGGUCACAGAAGGAAUAGAUGCAAUAGCCACUACUCGUGUUGCAAUUCGAGUUGAAAACAGUGAUAUGGUCACUGGUGAGAUAUCUCAACGGACAUUCAGUGGGAUUGGGGCAGGAAUGGACAUUGUUGUUUCUAGUGUCAAGGCCUACACUGGGGCAUUGAACAAGAUGCUAGGUUUCAAGGAAAGGUUUCCAUUGGAGAUUGCAGCAGAAUCAGCAGAACGAACCCCAGUGUCUGCAUAAAAAGGUUUUGGUAAAAAUUACAUGUGAUGCGCAAGCUCUGAUAUCCUGGCUCCAUUUAGUUUAUUGUUUUCUGUACAGUGUUGUCUAGAAACUUACGUAAAAUUUUUGGAAUCAUCAAGUUAAGACCCUGCAAUUAAACAUGUACUUUUUUGAAUUUAAUGAUACUAUUGUUUGCUAAA